AAUGUUCCCCGGAUGCAGUUGUGAUUGACUACACGGCUGGAAAGUUUCGCUGUAGUCGAGAGGUGGUAAGAUAAACAACUUUUUUGAAUAUAGAUAAUUAUUGCAAACCAUUGUUAUACUUGCAUGUAUUCUAACACUGUGCUAAUUGUGUCUGAUAGUUACUUAAAUUGUGUUUAGGAAGUGGAAACUUUGAGAAACUUCACAUGCUAGUUCCUUAGCUUUCCAUCUAGCUGGCUGGCUAGUGACUUAUGGAGGUUACGCCCAAAAGAUGACUACCUAGGAUAGCAAUUUUAUUAACUUACUCAGGCAUUACACUUUAUCAUAGGUAAAUCCUUGUACUUAACUGGUACCUUGCUAAUUAAGAAGAAAGACUUGAACAAAAGUUAGAUAAAUAAUCAAAACAAACUUCAGCCAAUGCGCUGCUGAUGGUUUCUGUUUCGCCGGCCAGCUCCGGCCAGCUCCAGCCUGUGGACUUUGAUUUUGAGACGAAGGUUAGAGUGUUCAGUAGGAACAACCAAUCAGACAAUUACUCCACAUCUCAUUUUACUCUCUCUACCUCUCCCUCUCUUCCUCCUUCCCUCUCUCUCCCUCUCUUCCUCCUUCCCCUCUCUCCCUCUCUUCCUCCUUCCCUCUCUCUCCCUCUCUUCCUCCUUCCCUCUCUCUUCCUCUCUUUUAUCCUUCCCUCCUUCCCUCUCACUCCCUCUUCCUCCUUCCCUCUCUCUCACUCUCCCUUUCUCUCCAGCUGCUGCAGCCUGUGUGGUAGGUCGGUCUUAGGAAGGCAGCAGGACAGGAGACAGAAUGCAGACCAUAAAGUGUGUCGUGGUGGGGGACGGUGCUGUGGGUAAAACAUGCCUCCUCAUCUCCUACACCACCAACGCUUUCCCUGAGGAGUACAUCCCCACCGUGUUCGACAACUACAGCGCCCAGGUGUGUGUGUGUGUGUGUGUGUGUGUGUGUGUGUGUGUGUGUGUGUGUUUUACACAUAUGUUUACACACUUGUGUGUGUGUUGCAGAUGACUGUAGACGGCCGCAGCAUCAGCCUCAACCUGUGGGACACAGCCGGACAAGAGGAGUACGACCGCCUCCGCACUCUCUCCUACCCCCAGACCAACGUCUUCGUCAUCUGUUUCUCCAUCGGGAGUCCUUCAUCCCACGCCAACGUCCGCCACAAGUGGCACCCGGAGGUGUCUCACCACUGCCCCAGCGUGCCCAUCCUCCUAGUGGGGACCAAGAGUGACCUGAGGAAGGAUGGGGAGACGGUGAAGAAGCUGAAGGAGCAGGGUUUAGCGCCCACCACAAAGCAACAGGGGAACAGCAUGGCGAAGCAGAUAGGAGCGGUGAAGUACAUGGAGUGUUCUGCUCUGACGCAGGAAGGGGUCAGGGACGUGUUCACCGAGGCAGUACGGGCCGUGUUGUAUCCCGUUACCAAAAAGAAUGCCAAGAAGUGUGUACUGUUGUAAUGGAAGGGAGGGACUCGGCUGGGGAGAGAGAGUGAGGGGGGGAAAGGAGCGAGACAAUGACAGAGCAAGGCUGAGUUUGUUGGAGGAGAUGGACUCAGCCUCUCAGCCCCUUUGCCUGUAAAGACUCUUGAUUCAGCUCACUUCUCUCCUCUCAUUCUUCUAGCCC